AUGAACGAGGAGAAGAGAAGCUGCAAAAUAUGCCACACCGGAGACAUAAGGGGAGACGAGCUGUGCAAUCCAUGCCGGUGCUCUGGAACAAUAAAGUACAUCCACAGAGAGUGCCUGAUGUCGUGGAUGGAGUGCUCUGGAACCAAGAAGUGCGAUAUAUGCCACUACGAGUACAAGUUCAAGGACAUCUACAAGCCAGACACGCCCCAGAUACUUCCGGUAUCCAUAAUCAUCCGAGGAGUGGCUGAUGUUGGAUGGAAGGCAACCAUUGUGCUCACAUGGUGCAUUCUGCAGAUGGUCAAGUGGAUGGGAGUUUUUUAUUUCAAUGGAUAUCUCUUUGCAGUGUCGACAGGGCUAUGUGACACCGACGGCGGGUCUGGGUUUAGAAACAGCCUUAUAUGGCUGGGGGUCGGGAUUCCAUUGACGUGGCUGGCACAGGUGAACCGAUGCCUGCUCAACCAGAUCCGGGAGAAGUUUGGAGAGGACAUGAGAAGAAGGAGGAGGAUGCUGAUGAAUCCAAGGGCAAUACUGGAGUCGAUCAGCAGAGAGUCUGCGCAGCUGGAGAGAUCCACUGCUGUGCCCCAAGGGGAGCAUGCCCGGGAGAUCGGCAGAGACCUGUCCUCGGACUCCAAUGUAUCUACUUCCAGGGAAAUGGCAGGGUCUCGCAACGUUGAAGGAGUACGUCCCAGGAGGUCAAACGACCCCAUGAAUAGCUUCCUGUUCAGGCCGAUAGUAUCUGGAAUAUCUGGGAUGACUCUCCCCGUGUCGUUCAUAUCUGUAAUAUAUGGGGCCAGCAGAUGCAUUCCAACUCCUCGGAUCCAUGGGUCCUUUGGCGCAUUCCUUUCUUCCAUGGGCCUGGGAGAUCUGUACUCCAGACUGGUGGCAUUUGGAGUUGCAUUCUGGGCAGUGACAAGCUGUACUGAGCAUGCCCGCAAAAGGCUUGGAAUCGGCAGGAUAAGAUACAUAUGCAUCUUCAUGAAAAUAUAUCUCAUAAUUCUUCUGAACAUAUUCUUCAUGAACCUGACGUUUGGGCUAGUUCUUCAUUACAUGUUUGGAAACAUAAUGAACAAGGGAAUGUAUGCACUGCACCUGGACAACGAAUAUAGCAGUCCUCUGAAGAUGGGGAUCUCGUUUAUAUUCCACAUGUCGAUUGGAUACACCUUCAGCAUUGUAAUAAGAAACAUCUUCCUCAGGUUCAAGAGAUGUUUCCGGCCAGGGGUUCUCCACUUCAUUCCCGACGACGAGGACUCUCGAAUGGAUGAGCUGUAUGAGGCCUCGAAGAUAGGGGUCUCCCGGAUACUUCUCCGCCUUGUGGGCUACCUAGCAUUCUUCACCCUAUUCUACGGGGCAGGCCUUAUGGUAAUCAGAUGUGCAUGUGGCGAGAUGGGCAUAAGGUUCUCGGUAAGGAGCUUCCUGAAGCUGUCUCUCAGUUACAAAACCUUUACAAUGCUUCUGUACUCAAACAAGAUAUUCUGCGACUAUGUGGUAAAGGGCCUGAACAAGGUUGUAAGACUGGAGGCUCGGAUGCUCGGAAUGGAGAACUUCCUCUACAACGCACAGAUGGAGAGGUACGACAAGCAGAUGCUGAUGUGGUGUGCCAACAAGAACAAGAUUUUCCGAAGGCAGCACAUCAAGGCAAGAGAAGGAAGAAGGCCGACGGAGAGAGAGAUCUGCAAGUAUUUCAACACCCACCCGUCUUCCGACUUUGCGAUCUUUUAUGUCCCGAAGCUGUUUGGCUUGAGAUGCUCCCUGAUAAUCACAUCUGUUGUUCUGUGCUUCUACGGCCUUUACACGGGGUAUAUGGUCAUCGCCAAGCACAUUAUGGAGCGAAUCAAUGCAGAGGCAUAUAUCCGGGAUUCGGGGGACGUACUGCUCUAUCUAAUACUAGCAUUCCUCUUCCGCCUGUCAUGGAUUGUAAUCCAUGUAGCUAUGAGUGGCAUUAGAGGAGAAAAGAGCAUGCUGCAGACGGCUGGGGAAUUGUGCAAGCAUGGGAUUGUGAACGUCUACAUAAACACGGUGUAUCCUCUGUUUGGAAGCCUGAUGGUGAUUGUGCUGUCUAACGAUGGGACAAGCAUCAGCGAGAUGCGUCCUCUGAGGCUCUUCCUGUUUUUCUUCAGCUCGACCUCGAUCGUGGAGACGAUUCUAAGCUCGUCGCCAGAGAACUACACCUUCAGGGCACUCAUCAGGGAGCUCUGCAAGAUCAAUGCGUUUAUUUCCGUUGUGUUUGGGAUCUGGUACAUGUACAAUGCGGUUACCCUCCUGCUUGGGCUGAGCAAUGGAGAGUUUGCUGUCCUAAGCGUGGUUGUUGGGUACACGAUCUUUGUGUCCAAGAAGAUUGGGCAGAGCAUCCAGAGCGACAAGGGCUUCUACAAAAGGCUCCUGGACGAGAACUACCUGGUUGAGAGGAGGGUUGUGAACAUUGACGAGGAGUGA